ACACCGCGCGCGCGCGUCGAAAAUGGCCGCCCUCGACCUCGAUGUCGCGACGCUCAAGCCCGUGGAGACGGGCGGGUUUGAUUUUGGCAUGACGGCGCGCAACGAGCAGAUCGCCGCGGCGGCGGGGGGCCGGCCGAUGCCCCAGCCCAUGUCGACGGGCACGACGAUCUGCGGCAUGGUCUACGACGGCGGCAUCGUCCUCGGCGCGGACACGCGCGCGACGGCCGGCUCCGAGGUCGCGGACAAGAACUGCGAGAAGAUCCACUACCUCGCGCCGAACAUCUACUGCUGCGGCGCGGGCACGGCGGCGGACACGGAGAAGACGACGGAGCUCAUCGCGUCGCAGCUCGAGCUGCUGCGGCUGUCGACGGGCACGCAGAGCCGCGUCGUCGCCGCCGUGACGCUCCUGAAGCGCAUGCUCUUCAAGUACCAGGGCCACAUCGGCGCGGCGCUCGUGCUCGGCGGCGUCGACUGCACGGGCCCGGGCCUCUACCAGAUCUACCCCCACGGGUCCACGUCCAAGCUGCCCUACGUGACCAUGGGCUCGGGCUCCCUCGCGGCCAUGUCCGUCUUCGAGACGGAGUACAAGGACGGCAUGGACGAGGCCGGCGCGGUCGCGCUCGUGAAGAACGCGAUCCGCGCGGGCAUCUUCAACGACCUCGGCAGCGGCUCCAACGUCGACGUCACCAUCAUCCGCGCCGGCGGCGCCUCCGAGGUCAUCCGCGGCUACGAGACGCCCAACGACACCGCGCCCCUCCGCGCCGCCUACGCGCGGCCCAAGGCGCUCAUCCCGCCCGCCGCCGCGACGGCCGUGCUCUCGACGGUCGUCUCCGUCUCCGACGCCGACGCCAUGGAGCUCUAGGGCGGGCGCCGCGACACCCGAGACAUACGCGCGCGCCGGUGUAAGCGACGUCGGUUCG